CAUGCUUAGGUUUACAUUACCCCUUAUGCCUGAUGCAGUCUUUCAACCGCCCCAACCUGUACUAUGCCGCAGUACAGCCUAAACCAUCCAUGAAAAAGAAGGUGGUUCAAGCCAUUGCUGGUUUCAUCAAGUCACAGCAUGCUACCCAUACUGGCAUUGUGCAUGGCUUCUUGAAGUCGGAGUGUGAGGAACUUGCUGAGCAACUGUGAAAUGACUAUGGCUUAUCUACCAAACAUUACCGUGCCAAUAUGGGCCCACAAGAGCGCAGCACCACUCAAGA